CCUAUUUUAUUAUAACUACAUAAUUACCCCAAAAUUAUCUGAUUUAUCUCAUUUCCUCCAUCGCUAGCUCAGCUCUUUUUAAACCUAGCCCAUUCUCCAAUCUCUCCGGCGACAUUCCGACCAACAAAGUGACAGAAACCAAGUGAAAGAGAUGAACACGAUAGCGAAGCGAGUCACGGGACUACUGACUCGGCCGAGUCACAGCCAGCUGCAGCAGGAGAGAGGGAUAAGGGUGAAGGUGUUCUCAGGGGAUCUAGACAAGGCGCUGACGAUACUGCAGAGGAAGAUGCAGUCGAGCGGGAUGGAGAGGCUGAUCAAAGCGCAGCAGACUCAUCACAUCAAGAACUCGGAGAAGAAGGUUCUCGCUAGGAAGAAUCUUGAACGCAAGAUCAAAUCCAUUGACUUUGCUCGCAAGCUGCAGUCCAUCCUCAUCAAGAAAGUCAGAGGUUUGUGAGCGCGGAGCUGGUGCUAUAACCAUUCAUCAUCUUCUUUACAUUACAUUUUGGGGGGAAAGGAAGUUGAUCAGUGCUAGUAUCUAUGAUAUAGCACACUUGUGAUCCAGUUUUUUUUUUUUUUUUUUUUCAUUUUGAACUUUUUGGUGAAUUGAAAAUUUGGUAUAAUCUUGGAUUGCCAUUCGUUGUUUACUCUAUGAAUAAAGGCUUCUCCUUUCUUAA